AUGUUCAAGCCGUGCCUCGAGUAUAUCGAGAAAAACCUUCCACAGCUGGUCGCGUAUGAAAUGGUCCCGAACGUCGUGUCGGACCAGCACAAGUGGAUCGUGACCGCCAUCAGGAAUAAGCUGAAGGCGCUGAACUACAAGCUGGAGAUGAAGAUCGUGCGUUGCUGGCAGCAUGGCAUCCCUCAGCACAGGGCGCGCCUUUUCCUGAUCGCCUGUCAUGGGGAGUGGAAGCACCCUUUCAAGUGGCCUAAGCCAGUGCCUUUGAAGCGGAAGCUUGACGAGAUCAUCGGGGCAUCACCUCAUGAUAACCCAAAGAACUUCCCACCGAAAGAGGAGGGCAAGGCAGCGAUGCGUCGCAGGCAGAACGUGAAACGCAAGUACGUCGAGCACCUUGAGAACAAGGUGAACCCUGCCAAGGUCAUGGCCAUAUCCGACAUCGGGUGUUCUACGAACCGCUGCAACGUCAGCGUCAAGCUGACAGAGCGUGGCCUGUUCCCUUGCAUCACGAAGAAUCGGGCUCAGUCGCGGGACUACUGGUGUUCGCUCCGGGGGCGCAGGGUGUACUUGUCCGAGCUCUUCGAACUCACGGGCAUCGAUGCUAACCUGCGCGAGAUGAUCAAGGGUGGCGUCGAGAGUGUGAGCCCGAGCCAGAUGGGUUUCAUGUUGGGCAACUCUAUCCCAAUCAACAUGGUGGAGCGGGUUCUCCGCGUCGCACUGUUCUCGUCAGGUUUAGUCUCGCGCCGCUUGGUGGACAAUUACAAGCCAGCGAAGCAGAGUGCAUCGGUGAUUUCUAGGCGAACUCAGAAGAAGACGACGCCGCCCGCUGACCAAGCCUGUGACGCCUUGGCGGCAUCCAGCUCUGCUGGGCUGCCCCAAGCUGAGCUGAUCGGGCUCAGCGGAGAGUACAGCCAGAAGCUCCAGACCUGGCUCGAGGCCAUCUUGUCUCACGACAUCCUCAAGAACGCGAUGCAGACGAGCGGCCUCAAGUCUCGCGACUUGGACCCGAAUUGCCCGCAAGACGGCCCCGUCGCGACUCCCCUGAGCAUUGACGCCCUCAAGAACAAGCUGGAGGGCUCCUCCGAGACGGUCGACGAUCCGAUCAUCGUCGCUGCCGGCGCCAUCCCGUUCUUCUGGAUGAACCCGCUCGCUACCCCGACCCCUGGGGUGAUGGUCGACGAGGGCGACGUGGGCCGGCUGCGGGCCCGCGACUACCCUGCUGGGGGGCGGCCCCCUCAGAAGCUCAGGACCAUGGCAAUUGCCCAGACUGAUCUCGACACGGACAAUUGGGGCACGACGCGGGCCUUGCACGUGGUCUCCCCGCUGGAGAAGCUCCACGCGCCGAUCAAGCAGUGCUUCGUCGAGAUUCAGCAAAAGACCAUGACCGACGCUCGCGCCCGCGAGUGGCUCAAGCUGUUCGUCAACUGCCCCGUGGAUGUUUGGCGCCUGAACCCUGCCGACGUGUCGACGCACAGCUUCACCCUCCGCGAGGACACCAAGGGCGAGGCAUUCGCCGCGAGCUGGACAACCCUCCAGAAGGUGCAGAUGGUUAUUCGGGAGACGUGGGCGGUCAAGAACGCGAGCUCGAACAAGAAGGGCCCCAGCGUCAGUCAGAUGGAAGAGCAUUUCCUGCUGAAGGUCAAGCUGGCGCAGAAAAGUGAAAAGCUCUCUGCGUCAUUCAUUGACGCGGCCAUGUCUGUGAAGGACCGGAUCUUGGCCAACAAGGCGGUCAGCAACGCGGUGCUGAGGCUCGACUCGCUCUACAAGAACAACGGCGGGCCAACCGGCGCUAUCUAUAAGUUCCAGGUCGUGAUGAACCGCUGCAAGACUGAGCACAACAUCGAAUGGUUCUACAACUGGGCGCUCGACGCCCUGAGGAUGGGCCAUAUAGAGCUGUCAGAUUGCUCGGGGACGAAGCUCAACAUGUGGGGCUGCGAUUUGGCCAAUAUGAAGUUGCGGUGCCUUGACUACUUCUUGAACCGCUGGGCGCACGCCGCUGCGUUCACACCUGAAGAAAUCGCAUUCUGCCGCAAGACGUUUGCAUCGCACGUUUCGUUCCGUUCGGCGUUCACCAACUACCCCGGCGAGCAGCCCAACGACAAUUCGUUCCUGUUCGUCGACGGCGAAGGCAAGAAGCGCCCCAAGUCGUUCCGCAUGGCGGUGACCCUGUGGGAAAAAAUCAUCUACGGCAGCGAGUGCGACGGGUCGCUGAGGCAAGCGGCCAAGUACAACAAGACCCCGGAGGAGCUCUUGGAUAACCAGUCGUUCGAGGAGGAG